AUGUCGGGAGGCGAAGGAGAAGGUUCGGCCAGGCAGUUAGAUCAGACGGCGACAUGGGCUGUCUCUUUAGUUUGUGCAAUUAUCGUUAUCAUUUCGAUUGGCUUGGAGAAAGUUAUACAUAAAUUUGCUCACGUGUUUGAAAGAAAGAAAAAGGCAGCUUUGCUAGAAGCUCUGGAAAAAAUAAAAAGCGAAUUGAUGAUUUUGGGAUUUAUUUCACUACUGUUGACUUUUGGACAAAGCUACAUUGCUAACAUUUGUAUUCCCACAAAGUAUGGAAAUACAAUGCUACCCUGUCAGAUAAGGUCCACCGAAGCUGAAGUUGCGGCUGCUGCCGCUGAGCAUCAUCGCAGGUUGUUAUCCUAUGAACGUAGGUUUCUGUCAGCUGACGUUCAAGCCUCCUGCAAACCGGGGCACAUCCCUCUCAUAUCCGUCCACGGUUUACAUCAGCUGCACAUUUUCAUCUUCUUCUUGGCCGUCUUCCAUGUGUUCUACAGUGCGAUAACCAUGACCCUUGGAAGAUUAAAGGUUCGUGGGUGGAAGGAGUGGGAACGGGAUCAUAUGAGGGAACAAGAAGCCAUGAAUGAUCCUAAUAGGUUCAGACUUACCCACGAGGUAUCAUUCGUGAGGGAUCAUAACAGUUUCUGGACGAAAACACCCGUUUCCUUCUAUUUUGUUUGCUUCUUUCGACAAUUUUUCAGAUCUGUUCGUAAGGCGGACUACUUGACAAUGCGACAUGGAUUUGUGACUGUGCAUCUAACACCCGGAAGCAAGUUUGACUUUCAAAAUUAUAUCAAAAGAUCUCUAGAGGACGACUUUAAAGUAGUCGUGGGAAUCAGUCCAAUACUUUGGGCGUCCGUGGUGCUCUACUUGCUUGUGAAUGUCCACGGAUGGCAUGCUUCCUUCUGGGUGUCUUUUCUUCCUCUACUAGUUAUAUUGACGGUUGGAACAAAGCUUCAAGCAAUUAUAACUCGAAUGGCACUUGACAUACAAGAAAGACAUGCUGUAGUUCAGGGGAUGCCUCUAGUGCAAGUCUCUGACAAACAUUUUUGGUUUGAAUGGCCUCCGUUAAUUCUUUAUCUCAUCCAUUAUGUCCUCUUUCAGAAUGCGUUCGAGCUAACAUAUGUGCUCUGGAUAUGGUAUGAGUUUGGAAUCAAUUCAUGCUUUCAUGAGGAUAUGCGCCUUCUUAUUGUCAGAAUUUGCUUGGGAAUAGGAGCUCAGGUUGUGUGCAGCUACGUGACACUUCCAUUAUAUGCACUAGUGACACAAAUGGGAUCCACAAUGAAGAAGUCAAUAUUUGAUGAGCAAACUUCAAAAGCCCUCAAGAAAUGGCACCAAAAUGCUCUCAAGAAGAAGAAUUCCAAAGGCAAAACUGCAACUCAGACCUUGGGAGUUAGUCCUAACCCAGGAGAGACACCGCUCAUGCAAACUACUGACGAACAUCAACAAUUACAGCAAGGAGAACAUCAUCAACAACAAGAAGGAUCCGCCACCAUUGUCACCCCCGUUGAUCUCUAA